UACUACGCAGCCGUCGCUCAGGAAUAGUAGACAAAUGUUCGUGGAAUUCAUGAGGAUGUGAAGAUAAAAAUGCACGUCUUUAUUCAUCUCUCACGUUAAGGAAUGUCAAAGUGGGUGAGCUUAAAUCGCUUCUUUUUAACCGAUCCAAUAUUUACCACCAUAAGUGCAGCUGACAUGUAAACACACUGCGCUCACAGUGUAACCAGCAGGUUUAUUUAAUUUAUGACAGGUUUAAAAUGCGAAUUUAUGAUACGCCUAUUAUUUAGUGGAGCAUACUUAAAUAUUUUGAUGACGCAUGUGGACUCAAUAAUCGCGACGCAGCAUUUAUUAAUUGCACGAAAAACAUUCAUUAAAUCGCAUAUACCUUUCGAAAGAGGAUGUCAUCGACGUAUGUAUUAUGUAAAGAAUAUAAAUAAAUUAUGUGGUCACUGGGCUGCAGCCUACUGUACAGGGAAACUGGAAAAACAACAUAUUCCGCGAAAAUCGCGUAAUACGCACAUACACUACAAUUAACAUUGCAACAGAUGGUGACUGACGCGCGCGCGUCAAGUACGGGCAGACAAGUUUGACCAUCGCAACGCUGCUUAAAUAUUAAGUCUGUGAUAUUGCAUUAUUAUUAGAUUAUGUGUAUUCCUUAGGUGACUAUUUCAACAGGACCAAAUGUCGACCAAUAACAACUUGAUGUCCAAAAAGAUCCGGACGGAAUACAUGAAGAAGUUCCGGGAUCCAAAGUGGGAGACAUUGUCGAAAUGUUAUGAGGACUGUGUGAAAUACAGACUGACCCGAAGGCUGAUGGAGCAGACUCAUAGACCGUUAUUUGAGGACGGAUGGGACAGCGGGUCUGACUCAAGUGGAAGGUCCAGUCCAAAGAUGUACAAGGUAAACCACUCAAAUGCCAAACAGUACACAUCUUCCUCAGAGUCCAAGAACAAGACCGCAGAGGUCCGGAAUUCCUGGAAGCCACAGGUGAAUGGGGAAGUUCACACGGAUACUAGUGCAGCCUUGGAAAGCUCAACCCCCAUAGAAAAUGGUUGCAAAGGCGCAAAAACUACAAACGGACCAUCGGAAUCUGUGACGACACGCCGUCCGAGACAUCGGGUGCCCCGUUCAGAACUGUGUUACCCUAAAAGGGAGCUGGACAGUGAUGAAUCACAUCUAUCUGUGUUAAGAAAACCAUCCAGGGCCAAGAGCCAACCACCAGGCAACACCAAGGACCGGAUAUCCAACCGUGACAACAGACGGUCUUUUAUCCAGUAUGAUUGGGCCGACAGGCAUAUUGAGACCAGGGACAGAAGGACACCAAACAUAAGAACAUCCAUGUCAGCAGGAGAGAUUCAUCGGGCCGACGUGGGCGUUCAGACUCGUAGAGAGUCGGAAAAACGUGGAAGAGGAUUAGAUCAACGCAGGGCAAGAUCAGCUGACCUGGAGAAGUGCCGUCGAUCAGAACUGUGUGUUGUGGAUGAGCGCUGGAUGACCGAGUACAUGCGCUGCUUCUCUGCUCGACUGAGAUAGACGGCUGAUCCCAGAUCAGUUUAUGUCAAUGGUUUUGAUAUGAGGUACAGGUCACAGGUAACAGAUCCCAAACCAGCACUACAGGACAAUUUUAAAAUAAAGUUGGGAAGAAUCAGAGGGAUUCUGAUUUGAAUUCCUUCACUUGUGAUAUGAGAAGAAUAAAAUGUAAUAAAAGGGAUAAUUCUGUAUUUUUGGAGACUGGCUACAAUCACUUUUUCAUGAAUGCAAAGAAGGAACAAACAUUUAUUUACUACACCAAAACACAUUUGCUAGUACACUUAUUGUGAUGUGUUUUGUUUACAAAAUAUUGUUUCCGCCUACAAUUUCAUGACCUUUAAUGGUCAUAAUGUUUCGUAUUCAGAUUGUUUGAGUGGACCAAACAAUUUAUAGAGAGAGACGUGAAAAGAGCUGUUCAUUACUUUUGUUUCCUCUCAUUUUCACUUUCUAGAGUCUUAGUUGCUCCAGCCUGGCUAUGUUAUAAGUUAAACUGCUUCAUAUGUAAGCUGAACACAUUCUUGCUCUUUUGAAUGUAAUUGAUUGACGUGGUUAUUUUGGUUUGUGCUUCUUUUAAUAGAUGGUCAAUGAAUUGGUGUUGAAAGAUGGUGUUAGAAGUGCAGUCUUGUCAUGAACUGUUCAGCCUGGUCUCAUGAACAUUACGUGACCAUGGCAAAAUUUUUAUGAAACAAAAUGACGUGCUUCAUUACACAUUUAGCUGCAGUUUCCCAGUGAAAUGUCCAGCAGGGGGCGCCAAACGCGAGUAAAAUGUUGUUGUAAUCAGACGAGGUUUUUAAAGUGAAUAUUAGAUGGAGGUUUUAAUGAGUAAAACGAUCCUCCCCUACCUAAAACUUUAACCAAUAGUAAUCGAAGAUCAAAUGCGGGGUAAACAAAACAGACAUCCUUACCCUGAACCAACACCUAAAUCUAACCGAUAGUGUCCAAUAUCAAAAGAUGCAUUGCAGUAAAAGUGUUUCGAUAUCAAAACAGCAGUGUGUGAUUAAUAGUGUGAAAAAUAAUUGUAUAUAAAGUCGUAAUCAACUGUUGUACUCGUGGUUUGUGUGAAAGCGAAUGAAAGGCACAGUUAUCGUAACGCCUCUAGUGUUCAUUUCACCAGGAAACUGCGGCGAAACGUAGAACGCGGCACGUAAAAGUCCGUUUGCAAAAAUGUUGUUGUAGUAACGGUCAUUCUGUGAGACUAGGUUGAAAAUGUUUUCUACAAAAAGGGAAAUUUCCCUUAACAGUCAUUAUUUAAAUCAUGUAUUUUCCAGUUUGUGCACACAUCAAAGAUGUCAAGUUAUCAAUAAUUUAAGGAGGAACAAACCGAGGGCUAGUCGAAGGCAAUCUGUUGAUCCUUGUGAAUGUGGCACAUUAUCGUACAUUGAGUUCAUUAUAUUUCUGAUGGUGCACAGAUUAUUUUCAAAAUACAUAUUUCUGGAUGUCUCAUGUAUAUAUUUGUAUGAUAUUUGCAUCUGAUCAGCACUGGACAUGUGACACUUUGAAUGAGCAGCAACACUUUAUUACCCUUAAUGAGUGCUCAAUUUGCUUUGCUAGUUGUAUUUUUAAUCUCCGUUGACUAUCUGGACAUUUACAUUUUUAUUUAUUUAUUUAUUCUCCCCUUUUCUCCCCAAUUUGAAAUUCCCAAUGCGCCCUAAGUCCUCGUGGUGGCGAUUAGCUCAAUCCGGGUGGCGGAGGACGAAUCUCAGUUGCCUCCGCGACUGAGACCGUCAAUCCGCGCAUUUUAUCACGUGGCUUGUCGAGUGCGUUACCGCGGAGACCUAGUGCGUGUGGAGGCUUCAUGCUAUUCUCCGCGGCAUCCACGCACAACUCACCACACACCUCACCGAGAGUGAACCACACAUUUUAGUGACCACAAGGAGGUUACCUCAUGUGACCCUACCCUCCCUAGCAAACGGUCAAAUUUGGUUGCUUAGGAGACCUGGCUGGAGUCACUCAGCACACCCUGGAUUCAAACUCACGACUCCAGGUGUGAUUGUCAGCGUCUUUACUCACUGAGCUACCCAGGCAUGUAAUAUGCUUUAUCAAAUGAUAUCAACUUGUUUUUUUGUCAGCAAUGUUUACAUUUUGACCACUGUAUUUGUACACGAGUACUCACACAGGUAAUUAUAUUUUCACCUUCACAACAGACAUGCCCUGAAUGCAUUGCAGUGAAUAAACUAUGUUUGAGUAAAAUCAUGUUCCCUCAAUAUUCUGUUCAUACCUUAAAUCAUAGUAUUCAAGCACACUUAAAUAUCCAUCUAAAAAUCUGUUAAAUUGUUGUUUAGGGGG